UCAGUCACGUUUGAAGAUGGCUGGAAAAAGUGUAGGAUCUGGAAUCUCUUCUUUAUUACAAGGAUCUUGUAAAUUUUGCAAGCAACGAGCAGCCUGGUUCAAAAGAUAUCCACAGACAUGGUUUAGGGGUUUGCAAACAUCAGCGGCUCGGAAUGAACAGCUUUUUGACAAGAUUCUUAUCGCCAACAGAGGAGAGAUUGCCUGUAGGGUCAUGAAAACAUGUAAACGUCUUGGAAUUAAAACUGUUGCUAUCUAUAGUGAAGCAGAUGCAAAUGCUCUGCAUGUCAAAACGGCAGAUGAAUCGUUCUGUGUUGGUCCUCCUCCAACAAAUCAAAGUUAUCUCAACAUGGAUGCGAUCAUGGAAGCCUUACACACAACAGGAGCACAAGCGGUUCAUCCAGGAUAUGGUUUUCUAUCAGAAAAUGGCAAGUUUGUUGCAAUGCUGGAAAAAGCUGGUAUCACCUUCAUUGGACCAAAUGCUGCAGCAAUUCAAGCCAUGGGUGAUAAAAUUCAAAGUAAACUGAUUGGCAAGAAGGCUGGAGUCAAUAUUAUUCCUGGAUUUGAAGGAGUUGUAAAGAAUGAUGAAGAUGCUGUCAGAAUAGCAAACGAGAUAGGUUAUCCAGUCAUGAUCAAGGCUUCCGCUGGUGGAGGUGGCAAAGGAAUGAGAAUUGCUUGGAAUGAUGAGGAAACAAAAGAAGGGUUUCGACUCUCAUCCCAAGAAGCAAGAUCCAGUUUUGGAGAUGACCGUUUGUUAGUGGAAAAGUUUAUUGACAAUCCAAGGCACAUUGAGAUUCAGGUUCUUGGAGACAAGUAUGGGAAUGCUGUUUAUGUGAAUGAAAGAGAAUGUUCUAUCCAGAGACGGAACCAGAAAGUCAUAGAAGAAUCUCCUAGCCCAUUUGUGGAUCCUGACCUGAGAAAAGCAAUGGGUGAACAAGCUGUUGCACUGGCUAAAGAAGUUGGAUAUGACUCAGCCGGCACUGUGGAGUGUUUGGUUGACUCACAGAAGAACUUUUAUUUCCUAGAAAUGAACACUCGUCUGCAGGUGGAACACCCCAUCACUGAGAUGGUAGCUGGAGUUGAUCUUGUGGAACACAUGAUCAGAGUAGCAGCAGAUCAUCCGCUUAACAUCACGCAGGCUGAUAUUCCCAUCAAUGGCUGGGCUGUUGAGUGCCGAGUGUACGCUGAGGAUCCAUACAAGAAUUUUGGUUUGCCAUCCAUUGGAAGGCUGUACAAGUAUAUUGAACCAACUCAUCUACCAAAUGUUCGCUGUGACAGUGGUAUCAUUGAAGGCAGUGAAAUAAGCAUUUAUUACGACUCCAUGAUAUCGAAGCUGGUUACUCAUUCGCCGACCAGAAAUGAAGCUCUUGAUCUGAUGAACAAGGCGUUGGAUUCUUAUGUUAUCAGAGGUGUUACAUACAAUGUUUCACUUCUCCGUGAUGUUCUUAACCAUCCCAAAUUCCGCCUCGGAACCAUCACCACGAAGUUUCUUCCUGAAGAGUAUCCAAGUGGAUUUAAAGGUCAUCAGUUGACUGAUGAAGAAAGAGAUGAACUGCUGGCCACGACAGCCUAUUUCUUCGUGCAAAGAGCAAGAAAAGCGAUGGCCUUCAAGAACCAAAGCAAGCUCAAUGCUGUGAGCAAGAAACCAUCUGCGUGGGACCUGGUAAUUACUCUACAGAAAGCUGAUUAUCCAGUUGUGAUACGAGCCAAGGAAGACGGAAAUUUCGAGGUCAGCAUAGAUGGAAAACAAGUGGAUUUCAACACAUCCUCUGGACUGUCAGAUCCAGUAUUCGGAGCCAAGAUAAAUGGAAAUGAUGUUUUGUUACAGACUUUAAAGAAAGAAGGAAAUCUCUUCGCAAUUCAGCACUAUGGAACAACAUACAAGCUACGAGUGCACACGAAGGAUCAGUACGAGUACAUGAAGUACAUGCCAGAGAAACAAGAGGAGGACAUGUCCCCAUUCCUCAAGUCACCCAUGCCUGGCACAGUUGUAUCAGUGGCUGUCAACGUCGGUGACACGGUUCAUGAAGGACAGGAGUUGGCCGUAGUGGAGGCAAUGAAGAUGCAGAACAGUUUGCAUGCAGGACUUUCUGGAACUGUAAAAAAGGUAAAUUUUAAAGCCGGAGACAAAGUUGGUGAAGGAGAUGUUAUGGUCGAAAUUGAACAUCGCCCCGACCACUGAGACGGCAAUUCUAUUCUAGGAGGAAAAGGUUAUCACAAUUUUCGGGUCAAGUGACUUUUUAUGAGCCGUGGAAGUGACUUACGCGCACAAGUCUCUUCGAAUUCUGCUUGGAAAUGCCAAUGACAAAAUGAACUGACUUCUUUGUGCCCGUGAAAAUGACUCCUGUGAAGCUACAAUUGCUGGCCUACUAAUGAAGUAGGGAGCUCGUGUAUGCUUAUUAUAUGUACAUGCAAAUGAACUGGCGUCCUUAUGGGGCGCGUGCGGGUAAUCAUAGGCGUGCGUGCGCGUUUGAUCUCCGUAUGAACUCCUAGGUGACUUCUAUGUGCAUACACAAUUGACUUAAGUGUGCACAUACAGAUUACAUCUGCGUGUGUGUACUUGCGUAAGUGACUUCCGGGAGCAUUCACAAGAUUUACUUCUGCCCGAACGUGCAACUGACCCUUGCGUGCAAGCACGCUCAACU